GGCACCGCAGGCGCUGUCGUUGGAGCGCGACUAUCGGAGAACCCUAAUUUCAAGGUUCUCGUGCUUGAGGCUGGCACAGACGCGCCAAACACUCCGGCGUGGAACGUCCCGGUAUAUGCUCCGCAACCAGCGUUCGGCCCAGAGGGCCCGGGGUUGUGGCGAUAUCAGAGCGAGCCUCAAGUCGGCCUCAACAACAGAACAGUCGCAUUCCCACGUGGAAAAGUGGUCGGUGGGACGUCAAUGAUCAACUUCAUGUGCUAUACUCGCGGGUCGUUCGAAGAGUACGACCGAAUCGCCAACAUCACCGGCGAUCAACGUUGGUCGUGGGAUAAUAUCCUCUCGUUUUCCAAAAAGGUUCGGACU